AUUGUUGAUCUAUUGUACACGUGAGCAGGAGUGCAUGAAUGCACUCCUGACGUGAGGUAUACGAGCAUCAAUUGAUCAGAAUCACCUCUGCUGUUAAUACCAUAUAAUGGCUAUAGAAGAAUACAGUACACUGGGAGCAAACGCUUUCCGUAAGCACUACGAUAAACUAGUGAAAUCGAUCCAAGAACCAGAUCUGCCUGUGUUAGGAGCUAAGUUCUUCAGUCGUCAGAUCAUUUCUCAGGAAACAAUGGAAAUGGUAGGAAAUGUGGCCACCUCAAGAACCGUCAGAGGGUCAAAACUGAUACUAGCUGUGAUGGCUCACCUGGAAGUACAUCCAGACAAGUUUGAGGUAGCCUUGGACGUCUUCAGAGAAGAGCUAGUGUACACAGAACUGGCUGAUCUGAUCAAACAAUCUUACGGUUUGUCUACUGAUUCAACGAGAGUCCAAGCCACAACAGCUCUAAGUAAGUAUGCCUCCUACCUGAGAAAAGUGUACCUCCGAUCCAAGCUUCCAGCGAGAGGAAAAUGGCCCCCUUCUCCAUGUAAAAAGAUAAUUAAGUUGGCUGCCAUCGAAAAAAAAGAGUUAAUCGCAACAGGGAAGCUAAUCAGACCCGAAUCAGUCGAUGAGUACAUGAUGAACAAUAGCAUGAUGCCAAUUUCAAUGGAAGAUCUUCUCCUAGAGAAAAACACGUCACCUCCCAAAUUAGUCGUCGUUCAAGGGGUCCCAGGAAUAGGCAAGUCGACUUUUGCAUGGAAGAUUUGUAGGAAGUGGGCUAAAGGGAAGAUCUACCAGAAAUAUAAAGUUGUUGUUUUGUUGCGAAUGCGGGACACAAGAGUGAGAGAGGCGCGAACACUGAGUGAUGUAUUCGGCUGUCUUAACCCACACGACAAAGAGCUUGCAGAAAGCACCGCCAACGAAGUUGCUAAAAAUGGAGGCAAGGGUGUGUUGUUUCUGUUCGAAGGACUUGACGAGUUUCCUUCUACCCUCCUCCAAGAUGAGCAGUCUUUGCUUGUAGAAAUCCUCCAAGGCUUGUCCUUGCCUGAAGUAACUGUUCUACUAACGAGUAGGCCCUGGGCUGUGCAAAAGUUGGUCGAAAGUUGCGGAGAACAAAUUUCACUAAUAGUCGAGAUUUUGGGUUUCACAAAAGAAGAUAUUAUGAGGUACAUAUCAUAUGCUUUUGAUGACGAGGAAAAGGCCGAAUUUUUAGGGUACCUCCACUCUCACCCUCAACUUGAGUCCAUCAUGCACAUCCCACUGAAUGCUGCCUUUGUUGUUCAGAUCUACAAGCAAUUCAAACGCUCCCAGCAAGUUGUUCCUCACACAUUGACUCAACUCUAUACAGCUCUCGUUAAAGGCCUUUUAUUGCGUCACUUGAAGUCUAGCAUGCCCGAUUUCCAGUUAAUCACAAUGGACAGCUUACCCGAGCCAAUAAAAUCUCAAUUCCAGCAGCUAUGCCAGCUAGCUUUCAUGAGCUUCACCAAGCUAACUGUUCCAGUUACAUUCACUGAUUCAGAAGCAGCUAUGUACGGGUGUUUUGAUUCUCUUGGUCUCAUGCAGUCCUCUGCCAAUCUCUCAAUUGACACUGGAACCACUGUCACACACAGCUUUCUCCACUUCACAAUUCAAGAGUUCCUCGCAGCUUACCAUCUCUCUAAGGAACCAGAGCAAGUACGAGCACUGUUCGUGGAGGUUCACCAACAAGAUCCUCAAUUUGAAGUACUUAUCAAAUUUUUGAUUGGUUUAAGCAAUGGAGUUGUGUUAUGGAUGGCCGGUGUACUUAAUUCAACACAUGUACAGUGGCUAUACGAGUCACAAUCACCCAAAUAUGUGUGUAAGUGUCUUGGAAAUGGAGUAGUGUUAUAUGAUUUGAAGGAUCAAACACAAUUUGACCUACACGCAUUGACGUACUGCAUAUGCCACAGCAAUUGCAAAUGGAAACUAGCAGUUGAUAUGUCUAAACUGACUACAGUGGUUUCUAUUGACAACGAAAGAUACACUGGGAAAAUGUUGCAGCUACUCAUUCAUCGAGCAUCAUCAUUUGGUUUGAAAUUACUAUUUUCACUUCCUAAGCAACUAUUCUCAAGCUUAUACUAUCUUUGGGUACAGGGAAAUGAUUGCUCAUACUCUAUUCUAGCAGAUUUGAUACAAGGAGGAAUAAUGGCACAAUUAAAAAUACUUUGCGUGUAUGAGCUAAAUUCUGCAAACAUUCUUGAAAUAACAAAUGCUGUUGAAACAUCAUGCCGACACUUAACCAACCUCACACUUUGUAGCACUACCUUUGACCCAUCCAACAUACUCCCACUUUGUGCAUACAUUAGUUCUCGUACAAAAUUGUCAGCUCUUGUACUUUUCGAAAAUUCUUUUGCUAGGAACAGUUUACAGAUUCUAAUCAGUGCUAUUCCCUGUUCAAAGUCCCUCACUACUCUCCAAGUGACAAACUGUAAUGUAUCUGCACCAGACAUGGAAAUGCUAUCUGUUGCACUUUCUAAUUCAAGUGUACACACCCUCUAUAUUACGAUCUGCUCAUUGAAUAAUGACACAGUGGAAGCUCUAGUAUGUGGAUUGGAAAACAAGUCAAAACUUCGAAAAUUGAGCCUCUACGAAAACUGUAUCGGUAAAGAAGGCGCAGUUGCCUUGUCCACAGCAGUUAUUGAGAACAUAUCCUUGAAAACACUGAAUGUUGUUGGUAACGAAGCAAUAGGAACUGAAGGAGCUAUGACAUUGAUAAAUGCAUUAGAAUAUAAUACAUCUCUGGAAACAUUGUAUCUCCCCGCAUCCUGUGAGCCAAUUGAGUAUCAAUCGUUCCUAAUGAAAGACAUACGAAAAAGUAAUAGGGUAUCAUUUCAUGAAAGUGACCCGGAUUACAUGACUAGUAUGUACAUGUAGCUAGUGUUCUGUUUAAGUAUGGCUACACAUGUAGAGGCUAUGAUUAUAACUGACAAUGAAAGUCUACAUGUACAUGUAUAUUCAUAUGGUUCGUUAUGUGAAGUCAAACUAGUGACCUAAAACUUAAGGUUAAGAUGCAGUGUUUGCUCAUAAAUUAUUAUUCAUGAGUUUUUAUUUUUUGUUUUUGUGAGAAAGGAAGAUAUUGUUUCUAUUAUUUUA